AUGAUACCUGCAACUUCUGUUGGCCACCAACUGGCACCAGCAGUAGAUGGUAAUGGUUCCAUUCACAAGUGCUUCCACAAGGAGAAACAAGCUCUUCUAGAUUUCAAAGCUCGCCUUCAAGACCCCCUUGGCCAACUCCUUACAUGGAGACCUCAAGAUGAUUGUUGCAAAUGGAGUGGAGUCGCAUGCAACAAUCAAACAGGUCAUGUCACAGAGCUUUACCUGCCCUCUUAUUUAACCUAUAACUUUGGUGAAGCUUUUCUUCCAAGUUUUGGUCUUGAUGGCCUUCGAGGUGAGAUCAGCCCUUCAUUGGUUAACUUGACCUACUUGAAUCUUCUUGAUCUUUCCUUCAAUUCUUUUCAUGGAACCAUUCCCAGUUCCAUUGGUUCCAUGACUAAAUUAAGGUAUCUUGACCUUUCCUUCAAUGCUUUGAAUGGAACCAUUCCCAAAUCCAUUGGUUUCAUGACCGAAUUAAGGUACCUCUUCCUUUCCGGCAACUUCCUUACAGGAACCAUUCCUUCAGAAUUUGGAAACCUCACAAACUUGAUAGAACUUGCACUUGGAGGACCCUUUGUAAGUUUUAGGGUUGGAAACCUAGAUUGGCUGUCUACACUCUCUCAUUUGCAAUACCUUGAUAUGGAUGGGGUUUCCCUUGCCAAAGCAAAUCACUGGGUAGAUGUCAUUCUAAGUCUCCGAAACAUGUCGUAUUUGAGUUUAGAGGGAUGUGAUCUCUCAGAGGUCAUGCAUCCUUAUUCUUCAUUUGUCAAUUCUUCUUCAUCUAUUGAGUUUCUUCAUCUUGCUGGUAACAAUCUCAACUCAUCCAUGUAUCGUUGGUUGUUCCCAUUGGCUAGCAAAAGCCUCAUCUCUCUUGAUCUCUCUUACAACAUGUUGGAUGGGAUACCCAGAUAUUUCGGAAAUCUGUGUGGUUUGAAAGUUUUAACCCUCUCGCGCAAUUCUGGAGUUGGAAAAUUCGAUGAUUUCCUAAACAACUUAUUCGGGUGCACAUCUGUGUCAUUGCUGAAGUUGGAAGCUUCAUAUAACCAGUUUACAGGGUCAUUGUCUGAUGAGAUCCAAAGGUUUGCAUCCCUACAACAGUUGUACCUAUCCAAUAAUCACUUAAAUGGGAUUAUGAGUGAAAAGGUGUGGGAACUAGCCAAUCUUACAUAUCUGGAUGUUUCUUCCAAUUCUCUUGGAGGAGUUGUUAUGUCUGAAAACAUUGGAAAGUCGAAGCAAUUGCAUAUAGAUCUUUCGAACAACUCAUUUGAAGUGAUUCCUUCGAAAGAUCAUAUGUUAAACCUUUCCUAUGUGGAGUAUCUUGAUUUGAGCGAUUGCAAGCUUGGGCCUCUCUUCCCCAAAUGGAUUCAUAAACACAAAAAUCUUACCUAUCUUGAUAUCGCCAAUACUAGAAUUUCAGACACGGUUCCGGUGCAGUUUUGGAAGACGUGGCCUUCACGAUUGUCGUAUUUGGAUCUCUCUUCCAACAACAUCAGCGGGAAAAUACCAGAUUUGUCGUCGAAUUUUAACCUCUAUCCGAUAAUAGACUUGAGUUCCAACAACUUCUCUGGGCCAGUACCCGAUCUUCCCUCCACUUUGGUAUCGUUAAAUCUUUCCAAAAACAAAUUCAAUGGUGGAAUCUCCUUUAUAUGCCAAAUCGUUGACGGGUUCCUAUCGUUUCUUGACCUCUCACACAACUCUUUCACCGGACAACUUCCUGACUGUUUGUGGCAUUUCAAAGAGCUGCAAGUUCUUAAUCUAGGACACAACAAUCUUUCUGGAAGGCUUCCUGCUGCUAUAGGAUAUGCUUAUCGACUUGAGGUGUUGAAUUUAUACAGUAAUAACUUCUCAGGAGAAUUGCCUUUGUCUUUGAAGAAUUGCACCGAGUUGAAGUUGUUGAAUUUGGGGGCGAACAAGUUUUUCGGCAACGUGCCUGUUUGGGUUGGGCAGAACUUAACAGGGUUGUAUGUUCUUAUCCUAAGAUCAAACAACUUCUUCGGAACCAUUCCUUUACAAGUAUGUCAUCUCGUGAACCUUCAAAUCCUAGACUUGUCAAUGAACAACCUCAACGGAACCAUCCCAUCUUGUGUGAAUAAAUUGGAUGCCAUGGUUCAUGGAAGGUUCGUGCCAACACAGGACUCGCAUGCUACUGGGAAGGCUUACAAAGAAAGAGGUGGCGAUACAGUUGUUGGUUCUUAUAUCGACGAUUCGAUGAUCAAAUGGCAAGGAAAUGAACGUGAAUUCACCCGCGAUAUGGGAUUGAUAACGAGCAUUGAUUUGUCAAGCAACAAAUUAACAGGACAAGUCCCAAAUGAGUUGACGGAUCUUCAUGAAGUACGUGCAUUGAACUUGUCAAGAAACGCAUUGCUUGGAGAGAUUCCACGAAAAAUCGGUGAGAUGAAAGAACUUUUAACUUUGGAUUUAUCUAGAAACAAUUUUUCAGGAAGGAUACCGUCAAGCAUGUCUCAGCUGACCUUAUUAAGUUACCUAGACGUGUCAUAUAAUAAGUUGUCUGGAAGAAUUCCAUCGAGCACUCAACUCCAGUCCUUCGAACCUUCGAGCUAUGCUGGAAAUGCAGGACUAUGUGGACCUCCCCUUACAAAAAAUUGUCCCUGAAAUUAAGUUAAGGUGGUGGCAGCGUUCAUUCAAUAAUUGCAUAUGUAUGUAUGUAUGUAUAAUGUGGUUUAUAUUUCCUUAUUGUUUUCGACUUCUUGUUACAUGCAUUAACGUUGUUGUUAUCUACUUAAGUAGCGAAAUAUAUGUAGUACUUGUUGUACUUGGUAGGGAUUUUUAAGUCCCAAUUAUCAUUAAAAUUGUCAUCUAA